AAAAAUCAGUAAACUGCAACUUUCUACGAGAUGAUUUACACUUGUGUCCUUGGAAACGGCGUUCUACGCAUGCGUUAUGAAAUCUCGCUUCAAGUCUCGUUUCCGGUGUUAUUUCGGCACAGAAAUGUCACGACAAAUAAAUUGGGAAGAGGCUAGAGAUGCUUUGAGGAAGAUAAGGGAGGAGCAGAUUAGAGAUGGUGCUAGAGUUAUACGACUGUGGAAACAGGUGCUGGCUAAUUGUGCUCAUAAACUUGGAGAUGAAGUUUGGACAGUUCAAGAACAAGUUACUGUAGCAGCUUUGGAUUGUCAAAACUUUGAUUUAGCAAAUGAAUGUAUAACGUCAUUAAACAGAAAAUUUCCAAACUCGAUGAGAGUGAGACGUUUAUUUGGAAUGUACUUUGAAGCUUCAGGAAGGUAUGAGAAAGCGACAGAACAGUAUGAGAAAAUAUUGGAAGAAGAUGGCACAAAUAUGUUUGCCAGAAAGAGACAGAUAGCUAUAUUAAAAGAGAAGAACGAUAUACCUGGGGCCAUUGAUGCUCUUAAUAAAUAUCUAGAAAUGUUUAUGACAGAUUUUGAUGCAUGGAUGGAGUUAUGUGAUAUAUAUUUAUUGUACCAGGAUUACAACAAGGCUGGCUUCUGCAUGGAGGAGCUCAUCAUGUCCAACCCACAUAAUCAUCUAUAUCAUCAAAAAUUUGCAGAGAUAAAGUACACACAAGGAGGGUCAGACAAUCUCGAGACAGCUAGGUCGUACUUUGCUCAAGCGUGUAAACUCAACCCUAACAACAUGCGGGCACAGUUUGGUCUACUUUUAACUGCCAGUAACCUAGCAACAGGGUAUUCCAAAAGUCAGAAAGAAAAGAAUAGUAACAGUAAAUAUGCUGUUUGGGCAGCAGAACAAAUUAUAGAUAAAUACCAGACUACAGCAACAGAGGAACAAUUAAAAGAUACCAAAGUCUUGGACUUGAUUAAAAAGAUGCAAGAAAAUUUAGUACCACAGUCAGAGACUUGAUGUAGUAUAAACAAACACGUGUAGGGUCAUCAUUCUAGAGAAUUGUGUUCAUUUUAUAAGUGCAGGAACGUUCUGAUUAAUUUAUAAAAUGUUAAAGUAUGAUGGGAAUAUUUCUAACAGUGCAAUUAUUUUUUACUUUUAUUGGAUUUUUUUUUUUUUACUUGAGUUUAUUGUAAGGGAACGGAAUAUGAGGUGUUGCGGAAACAACAUUGUGAUUUACUAUCUUGUGCAUAAAAGAAGGACAACAAAAUGAAGCAGUGUUCCUACUAGAUCUUGAAACAUUUUUUUGGAGUGAAAAAUGCAGUUUUAUGUUGGAUUUUUUUCCCCUAAUUUAAGAUAUAUUGCAAAAGUCUUAAAACCUUGCUGUAUAUAAGGUUCUUUCAUUAUGAGUCAUAUAAAGUUAUUCGGAAACACUGUUCAGAGGAACUUUUACGAUGAAUUUUCUGCAAUAUAUUCAACUCUAACCAAGCAGGACAUGGGAAGGAAUAUUGUACGGAAAAGAAACAUUUUGGGGAAAAAAUGUAAAUAAUAAUGAAUGAAAAUAUACAGUGUAAUGAUGGAAGUUUUAGUGACCGGGCAUUGUGAAGAGGAGAGAUAUUUUACAUUUGUUUACAACAUGAUUGUGUUCACUUUUCUCAUAGUGCCAGCUUGUUACUGUUACAUAUACAUGUUAACCUAUGUGUAUGUUAUGUUUGUUGUCGUUGUUGUUGUUGUUUAAAUAUUGGCAAAUAAUUACAAGAAAUGAGUUGAAUAUAGGAUAUUUAGUUGUCUAUAAAGAUGGAUUAUUUUCAAGUUGAGGUCAAUGUUUAAUACAAAAAUAGGCAGUAUUUUUUUUUUCUCUGUGGACUUUUGUGGUCCACUUAUAUUGUCCAACAAAAAAGUGUGGGUUAAACUUUUAGAUUGAGAAAUGCUUAAGAAAAUUAGUAUUAGUAUGAUAAGAUUAAGUGACACAAAAGACUUUUUAAAUACACUAAUUAGUUCAUUUUGUGUUUUCCUUUUUUGAGUUCACAUUGACCAAUUUAUUCUAAUUGUGAAUUCAAUAUAAUGUAUACCAUAAAACUUGAGUGCACAUGUGUUCUUAACUCGGCCUGUAUGCAUUUGUUUGUCCACAUGUGUGCUACUUAAUAUGAUAUUUCUCAUGGCAGGGUUUGUAAGCCCUUGGAAUGAUAACAGUUACAAUGCCAUGGCUGCGCCCGAGUUACAGCGUAGGUUCAGCUUUACUCAUAAUUUUGUGCAAUUUGGCCGUUCUCUACUUUUGAUUCCUUAUGUUUAGUAUUUCGAUAUUUCAAAUUAGAUAGACAGAUGGCUAUCUUAAAUGUCCAAUGUUAUAAUAAGGUCAGAGGUCGACACUAUGGGUAACAACUGUCAUACUUUAAACCAUAUGAUCAUGAAAACCAAAGUCAAAGUGGUACUUUGUUUGUAUCUACAAAAUAAGAAAUAAACAGAUUUUUAUUCUAUAAUGUAAUUAUGUAUACGUUUAUUAACUUAAAAAGAAAAUAAAAAAGUAAAAUUUUAA